ACCUGAAUCAGAGUCACUUUUAUAGUUUUUCUUAUCACAAAACGUUUGAGAAUCUGUCAAGAAUUCAUUGAGUUAUACGAUAGCACAAGCAGUCAUCCGUCGCAAGAUGGCGGCUGGUUACUUACGCCGACACCACAUCGAGACAUCCAUAAAACUCUGAGACAACCACUCCAUCAUUUGUGACGUGAGGUCUACCAGCGGUUGAAAGUAAUCGAAAUCUGAAUUUGAAGACAACCAAAAUACACAUGGAUGCACACGGGCCAAACCACAUACGCGUACGUUUGCACUUUGACUAUCCGCCGCCGGCGGUCGUCGAUUUUCGCAUGUUUUGGCUUCUCGUGGACUUAAACAAGUGCCGUAUAGUGUCCGACCUAGAGAGCACAAUCAGAGAUAAAUUUGAGUUCAGUCGUCAAAGCUUGAUCAGCCUCUUCAUAGAGGACUGCUACCUGCUACACACGGAAAGCAUUCAUGUUGUGCGUGAUAACGACAUACUCAGAGUGAAGGUUGAGUGUGUUCCUCACCUGGAUGGGCACAACCACAAUCCAAAUACAAGCCAAAACUGCAAAAAGAGACGGAGACAGUCACUGAGCGAGCCAAAUAAUAGUGGUGAAGAUGCUACGUGUUUGAACAAAAAGAUUAAGAAAAAAAGUAAGGAGAUUUUGAAAGUGGACACCAGUAAGAUACUUGGCGUGGAGACAAACGGUCUAAAAAAGAAAACGUCAAAGAAGAAACGGAAGAAAGAAAAUGGUUUCACAACCACCGAUCAGCCAACAUUGUCUACACCCCAAAUACACAAAGACUACCCAAAGGAAAUGGCACACAAAUCAAAAUCACAGACUCUGCCUUCUUCCAAUUCCAAUAAGCAUAAAAGUGUGGAGGAUGAAGUCCCGAACAAAAGAGGAACUCAAAGAGACUCCCCUGUUGCUGCAAAAGUGCAACAUCCCUCCAAAGUACUUCCACGCACCCGUCCUGUCAAGAAUUGUUCUUCUUCCUCCUCAUCAGAUUUGGAAUCACCAGAUGAGGGCAGUACUGAUAGUUCUAAGCAUAAAAGUAAUGAUUUAACCAAUCAUAAAUCCAGCUUGAACCACAAUUUGUCUUCUAAACUUUCGAACUGUGGACCAAAAAAACAUUCAAGUGUGUCAACAGCCCCAAUUGACAAAAUCCCAAAGUCUCUGGAAUCAAAUGACACAAACAUCAGCGAAAAGGCAGAUGUGGUUACUCGGCAGAAUGACACUGAAAGUGCUUCAAGAGAUUACAGUGCAAUGCCGCUUCUCGCUGCCCCUCCACAGGUCGGACAGAAGAUUGCGUUUAAGCAGCUGGAGCUUACUGAGAAUUAUACACCUGAGGUAUCAGCAUACAAGGAGGCUAUGAUUGUGAGCUUUGACCCAAUCACGAAGCAGGUUGAGCUCGAACUGCUUUCUGUCGCACAAGCCCCUUCUGAGCCUGGAAAGUUUGACCUGGUGUAUCAGAACCCAGACGGAUCAGAGCUUGUAGAGUACGCUGUGUCCAGAGAAUCCAGGGUUGCUGAACGAUGGGACUCUCUGCUGGAACCAAGGCUGAUAAUUUAAGUCACACUGUAUUGACCUCAUGCAUUAGGUUUUACAAUGAGUCGUGCUGCAAUAUGUUAAAUGUCGGUCUUUUUAUUCAAGCAUUUGACGAAAAAUGAUCUUCAAAGUACAUAUGUCUUUUCAUAAAUACCUUGUUUUAUGAUGCAGAUCAGAUUUGAUGUACAGUAUUGCCCUUUUACAAUUGAUAUGCCUAUGUGUGAGUGCUACAA